AUGUUUCUGCCGGAUGGAAGCGAACAUAAUUUGCGAUUACCAGGAUGUAGUAAAAGUGAUAAAAAUCAGGAACCGCAUGUGUUUUGCGUCGUCGGAAAUCGUGACAAGACGCUCUUUGUUGUCGUUACCUCAUCAAUUUUUUACAUUUAUCUAGCAAAUCCUCAGCUUUUGCUCUGUUUGUUCAAACGAUCUGACGACGAUGUGAAGGAAAAGGGUGAAUAUAGAAAAGUUUAUUGGCGACAUGACUCCUCUGCAAUUUGUUUUACGACUUCAAAAAAUUGUUUAUUAUUGUAUCGAUUGGAAAUAUCAUCCGACAAACAGUCUUUCAAUUUAACUGAGCCACGUGAGGAACACUUAAGGCGUACUUCUCAAGAGUUAUUUAUUCAUGAAAAAAGGCCAACAACUGCAGCAUACUUGUCGGUUGUUGCACGACUUAACAGUCCAGCAACAUGUAUUGUGCCUUUCCGAGAUGACUUAUUUGUUUGUUUGCAAGAUGGCUGGUUGCAUCGUAUAUCAUGGGAAGGUGUUGUUGAUAAAAAUUUCUCAUUCCACUUACUCGAUGUUCCAUUCGCAGUUGAUCAGUUGCAGUCUAAAACUGAACAUGUGCAAGAAUUGAGCGUGCAUGUUACUGAUAUGGCAUAUGCUCCUCUUAUCGGUGGUUUUUGUAUAGUGCUUUCUAAUGGUACCGCUGCUUUGCUAACAUCACCCUCUUCUCGAUUUCUUCCGAAGGAACUGUUGGGAAUAUGGGCAGUGCAGUUGAACGAUGCUGUCUGUACCGCAGCAAACCACAAAUAUAGAUUGGUUGUUUAUGGAUGUAAAAAUGGUGAUAUUGCUGCUUUUCAUUUGGACGAUACUAAUGGCUCGUUAAUAAACACAUUCCGUGUAACGCUUCAAGUCAAGAAUGGACCAGAGUUAUUAAAUCGAAUGGAUCAAGUGCGACAUGUGGAAUGCUAUGCACAAGGAACAGCAUUAGCAGCCAUUUGGUCACCGUUAUUAUGCGAUGGCGGACAUGCAAGUAGUUCGAAUACAGUACCUAUUGUGGCGAUAUUUAGCUCCUUUGGUGCACAGUUAUGGUGCUCUCUCGAAUCUUCCAGUGAUAGGAGUAUCUGUGCUGCCUCGUGUCAUUGGGUUGAUUGGGGUCCAGAAGGAUUUAGUUUAUGGCUAGCUACCGAUGCUGGAUUGCAUAUUUUACCCAUUGCGCAUUCUGUUAAUUCAAAUGGCGUCGAAAGUACGGAUAGGAUUAUGUUUCUUUCAAGCAGUCGUAUCUAUCUAAGCGCUGCAAAAGAACGAGAGCAAAGUGUUAACGCUCCUCAUAGUAUCUGGCAUGUACUUUCGGUACCAAACAACUAUUUAUCAUUUAACUGGCCCAUUAGAUUAGUUGAAAUGGAUGAUCAUGGGCAGUGGCUUGUUGCUGCGGGUUCUCGAGGUUUUCUCCAUUACAAUUUAAUAACUCGUAAAUGGCGCAUGUUCGGCAAUGAAUCACAGGAAAGAGAUAUGUUGGUUACCGGUGGAAUGACUAUUUGGGAAGGAUAUGUGGUGGUUGCCUGUUACGAUAUUGAUCGUUCUAAGGAAGAAUUACGGUUUUACCCAUUAGAAAAUCAGUUAAAUAAUCAGUUUUGCAUAAGACAUGCUAUUAGGUCACGAAUGCUUCUUUUAAGUCGUCGACAAAACAAGUUAAUAACUUUUGAUGUGGAUUCAUGCAUAUUUAUUUUCACUCUUUUUUUGGAAAAGAAUGUCAAGAAUGAGCAGUCAUUAAUACGAUUAGAAAGAUGUGCAGAAAUACGUGUCCAAGAUAUAGUACCGCAUGCAGCUUGUGUUCUGUCCGUGGAACCAGCAUCUUUAAAUCAUGAGUCUGAAAUAAAAUUUUGCGACGGUGUAGACACAGUUUUCAUAAACGUUUGUGGAAGAUUGAUAAUGUUGAAUCCUGUGAAGCGAGAUAGUAUCGCGAGUGAUUCAUCCGAUGAUGAUGGAUCUUCUUUCCAGUUAAGUCGACCUAUGCUAAUCGCAUCAUAUGUGGAACAAAUUUGGUAUGAUGCUGCUGAUGAAGUUGACAAUAUCUUUUAUCUUAAGCCGCAUCUAACACAUGCAUUGUGGCUGAAUUGUGGGGCUAAGGGAAUGAAAGUUUGGAUGCCGUUAUUUGCUGCUCGACAGACCAGUGACACCAAGUAUAAUUCAUGCCAUUCAUUCAUCAGUAAACGCAUUAUGUUACCUUUCGAAUUGGGCAUCGCUCCACUUGUUAUAUGCAGCCGAGAUUGCUUAGCAGUUGGUGUGGAAAGUUGUCCAACAUAUUCAGAUCAAAAGGAAUCAAUGAAGCAUCUGCCAAUAUAUAAUUUGCAUCGUAAAAGUGAGGUUUUCCUGCAUCAUCUAUUGCGACAACUUUUGAAACGAAAUCUCGGUGUAUAUGCAUUGGAAAUUGCUGCUACUUGUAAUCAGUUACCGUACUUCGGCCAUGUUUUGGAGCUAUUAUUGCAUAAUGUGCUAGAGGAAGAAGCAACUUCUUCAGAACCAAUACCAGAUCCACUGUUACCUCGUGUGGUAGCUUUUAUUCAAGAAUUUCCGAAUUAUCUACAAACGAUCGCUCAUUGUGCCAGGAAAACUGAACUAGCUCUUUGGCCUGCACUGUUCACUGUAACGGGUCAUCCACGUGAACUUUUCGAGAAAUGCAUUAGUGAUGGGCAACUUGAGACUGCAGUCAGCUUUCUCAUAAUUCUGCAAAAUAUGGAAAGCAGCUCAGCCAGUCAGGAGCAUGCAACAGUAUUGCUGGAAGAAGCACUUUCAAAACGACAAUGGUUGACAGCACGCGACAUUGUUCGUUUUCUUCGUGCUAUCGAUCUAUCCGAUGUUGAUGAUCCACUGCGAACUCCACCAUGUCAGAAGUCACAUCGCAACGUAGGUAAUGUAGUUUCAAGGAUCCCUACGUGCAUGUCAACAGAUGACAGUGACGAGACCGAUUCAUUCGUUUUUGGCAGCUAUACCGGGCCAGGUAUGAUAAAAAGAUCGCGACCUUCACAGCAGGAUGGGGCUUGCAUCAGUCCAUCAGGGCGGAAAGAUUCAUCUGGAAAAAAAGUUUCGAAAAUAGGUUCUUUCGAUGUAUCCUUAAGUCCGAUAAAUGUCAAUGGUUCAAUGUCGACUUAUCUUGAUGAUGUGUUGGAUCAGCAUGCUGUUCAUUUGCUGGAAGAUUGCAGUAUUCAGGAUUUGGGUGCUUUCGCCGCCUAUUUGGAUUUUAAUUUAGUAAGUUGGCUUCGAGUGCAGCGGCACAGUAUAGCACGGAUUACUGAUUUUCCAUUAGCUUUGAUGCGAUUGCAUGCACAGUUCAAAUGGCCUUAUCCAUUGGUCAGUCAAAGUAUCGUAGAACAAUUAACGAAGCAAAUUGAGGGUAUUAAAAUUUCUUCAAGUACUACAUCGCUGGAUAGCUUACAGUCUCUGUCAACAGCCAACAGUAAUGCUUCGUUAAAUAUGGAGGAACAACAACGAACUACAUCAGUAGUUUCGGUAGACUUAAACUCGGUAUUCGUUGACGAUAAGGAAGAUAGGAAAGAACCACCACCAGUACAUAGGCAGUCUACGUUAAGUACAGUUUCCGCAGAAAGUUGUUCAAAUUCAUGCAGUGAUUGGGAAGGUUUUGAAAAAAUAUGUGGUGAAGUUGCUGCACGUGGAUCACAAGAAAGUGAAUUAGAGUUGAAAUACAUGUUGGAUGUUAUGUACGAAGCUGGCUGCGCCAGUUGGACAUUGUUGUUGUGCCUGUUACGACGUGAUGUAUCUUUCCUUAGUAAGCAUUUCUCUCAGAAAUUUGUGCAGAACUGUAGCCCAGAUACUAUGAAUGAACUGCAUAAAGGUUUGGAGCAGUUACAGAAUUGGGCCUCAAUUAAUUGUUUCGGAUAUCGAACUCUAAUCGAUGCAUACAAGAGGCAUCUUACAGCAAUCGGAGACAGAAGUGGGGAUCAUGUAGUUACAAAAGUAUCAUCUGUCGCAUCUGGUUAUUGUAGCAGCAAUUUGUUGUCAACCAUCAGUUCACAGGUGGAAAUAAAUGGAAAUUCCGUACUACUGGCUACUGAACAAAAAAUAUCGCCCACGUCAAUAUGUUCUUCUACAUCGGAUGACCAUACUAUAUCAGAGCGAAAUGGUAUUAUACGAAAAAUUAAUUCCAUGCCAACUCAGCAACUAUCAACAACUGCAGCGAUGAAUUUAGUGAAAACGACGUUUACUCCACCACGAGAAAAUGGUGAAAUUGGUGAUGGUUAUGUUGAUAUAGAUAACUGUUCAGUGGUAAGUGAUACGGCUGUUGUUGGACAUGAACAGUGUAAUUUGAUGUAA